UGGGCCUUUUUUAGAAUCUAGUAUGCUGGCCCACAUAGUGGCUAAAUCUUAAUCAGUGGGUUUGGGGAGCGGGCACAGCCCCUUGAAGAAGUAAUGCCUGGUCCUCACUUUCUAGAUGCCAAACCAUCUGAAGAAAGACAUGAUAGUAGAUCAUGGCAAGACCUGCAGCCUGCUGAAUGGUCCACGGUGGCCUCUGCAAGAAAUCAGCAACAGGGUGGUGACCCAAAGACCCAAAGGAUUCAAGGAUCCCAAUUCAUUCUCUAUGGAAGUGGAAUUGUGCCAAGCCUUUUCUGAGAUGCUGCGGGGCAAUAUAGAAGAUAUUGAUGCUGGUGACAGGGAGGACCCCCAGAUGUGCAGUGACUACGUGAAGGAUAUCUACCAGUACCUGAGGCAACUGGAGGUCCAGCAGCGUGUCUUUCCCUUCUACCUUGAUGGCACAGAGAUCAAUGGUCGGAUGCGGGCUAUUCUUGUUGACUGGCUGAUCCAGCUCCAUGCAAGGUUCCAACUUAUGCAGGACACUCUCUACAUGUGUGUGGCCAUCAUAGAUCGCUUCUUGCAAGCUCAGCCUGUCUCCCGCAAGGAACUCCAGUUGGUCGGUGUUACUGCGAUGCUUCUGGCUGCAAAAUAUGAAGAGAUCUAUCCACCAAGUAUUUUGGAUUUUGUCUACAUGACUGACCGAGCAUACACACCAAUUCAGAUCCGGGCAAUGGAGCAGAAGACCCUUAAGGAGCUUAACUUUGCCUUAGGAAGACCGCUACCAAUCCACUUCCUGAGGCGAAUAGCCAAAGUUUCCAAUGCAUCUGCUGAAUCGUACGUGCUAGCAAAGUACCUGAUGGAGCUGACCCUUUUGGACUACAAUAUGGUGCAUUAUAAUCCUUCAGUGGUUGCAGCUGCAGCAGCUUGCCUGUCUCGGAAGGUCUUCUCAGAAGGCCAGUGGAACCCCAAGCUGUGCUAUUAUACUGGAUAUGAAGAGGAGAGUCUUACCCCUGUUAUGGAGCACAUGGCCAAGAAUGUUGUCAGAGUCAACAGGAAUCUAACAAAACACCUUGCUGUCAAGAACAAAUAUUCUAGCAGCAAAUUCCUGAGGAUCAGCACUAUCCCUCAGCUGAACUCCAGCACCAUUAAAGACUUUGCAGCGCCUUUGCUGGGUGAAGCCAGGCAGCUGAUGUGAGCACUGCCCAAUCAUUACAUUGAAGAAAAUAUGCCUUUUUUGGAUGUGGCCUUCUGGAGGUCUUUUUAAG